AUGGCAAACUCGUUAAACGCCAGCACGAAAAUUCAGACUCCGCUCCUGGUCAAGGAGCAAGGUCAUGAUCUCCAUACCGUCGCCGACGGGCCUGAAGCCCACUAUCAACUUCAGCCGAUCCUAGUGGCACAGCCUCUGGAUCGCAACCAUGGCUUGGUAAAGGAGACUAGUCACGAGUAUGCCAGGUGUCUUCCACUGGCCACAGGAAGGGUUGACCAGAACAGGUCGCUCUGGCCUGUGGUCAGCGAUAGCGUCCCUCCGGAUAUGUCAUUCUUCAAUGCGACCCUCAUGGCCUUGUUCCAUAUCUCGCCUUUCAUAAAUUUCCUUGAAGAGGCCGUCGCCAGGAAGCAAUUCAAAGACCCGAUCCUCGAAGAGCUGCACUCCUUGCAUCAAGAAUUCCGCGGCUCAGGGUCAAACGAGAAGAGUGAUGACGAACGACGGCUUGCAAUCAAGAGUAGGGUGGACACCGUCUGGACUUUGAUGGCCCAUGUCGAUCAGGCGACUCAUUACAGCGGCCAAGCCAGUGUGGGUGAGGUUGUCGAUUUCGUCCUAGAUAGGAUUGAGUGGGCUAAGUUGCAGAUCGGCCACGUUGAUCAUGCCGAGGUCAAUCUGCCGACGAGAUUCAAGCAGCUCUUCAAGUUCUACACUAUUCCUUACGCGCCUAUGUUCUGCAACUGCCAACGUCCGGUACUACGACGGCAAAAGAACAUAGGUAUAGGUAAAGCAGGCUAUGUUUUCCCCGUCGAGAUCAGGGACAAAAUGACUUUGGCCGAGGCAAUAUCGGAAUCUAUGUGGGUCGAUCGAAAGGAGAAGAGAACCUGCCCCGUGUGCAGAAAAGAUGUGCAGGUACACGAAUUUCUCAGAUUUGCAUAUCUCCCAGAGGUUCUCCAAAUCUUCACCACUUUCACCAUGAGGAAUGAGUAUGGAAAGGUAUGGCUUUCACGCAACGCGGAGCUCAAUUAUCCUGAGAGACUGGAUCUGUCCGAACUGAGGGACGAUCCGAGACGACCGGGCGAUGACAGCAACUGCGUCUACAAACUCGAGUCGAUUGUCGCUGCCAGCGAUGCGUCACUCAAUGCUCACACACAUUACAAAUCUUUUCUGCGCAUCGAUGAGAACAAAUGGCUAUCGCUUGAUGAUCGUCCUAGCCCCAAGGGCAACAUCGACUAUUCGACAUUCGAAGGCAUCAAAAACUCAGAUGACAAGCCGAACUUGCUCGUAUACGUGCGUGAACGCAAAGCCCCGGCUAAAGGCAAGCCGGAUGGCCUAGUCGUCACGAGCCGCGACGGCGGAGACUCAGACCCCUACCAUUUGGAAAAGUUUCUCAACGCCCAAAACCAGCGUUUCGGGACCGGUAAAAAUCCAGUCUACAUUGAUGCAGAGCGUGAGUUGCAGAGAGGAAAAAAGAUCGGCAACUGGAUGUGGCACAUAUUCCCCCAAGUCGACGGCCUAAGCUCGACCCAGACCGACCAGCAUUAUACCAUCAAGAGUCUCGGUGAGGCAAGAGCAUACUGGGCCCAUACCCAGUUGAAAUCCCGCUACAAGGGACUCCUGUAUGCAGUAUUGGUCUGCAGCAAAGAUGACCUGAACAAGGUCUUUGGCAGCGAGGUUGACAGUAACAAGUUUCUCGCCUCCGUGACAUUGUUCAGACUCAUCUGUGACUCUUCAGAGCUUAUGGCUUUCGAAGAAGUACGCGAAAAGUUUUCUGUGGAGUACCAUCGGGAGACACUAUAUGCAGUCAUAAGAUGGCUGAAUGAAGCGAAGGAAGAUGGUCCGCUCACCGAGGCUUGUAACGUUUUGCGACACAUUCUCGAUAAAGAAGGCAAUGACAACGAAUCUCAACACUCGUCUGAGCACGGCAGUACGCCUGCGGUGACUGCUGGCAAACAUACAACCACACCCGCGUCCAAAGACCGAGGCGAUAAGGCUGGACCUGACCCUGAGCAUCUGAUUGCGUGCCCGCCUCUGUCCAGUUCUCAGACCCCUUCCGUCACCCUCAGCAACAAUGGCAGCACUCCCGGACCUGGCAAAGAAACUAGCAACGACAAUCAAAAGGAUCCUGGCAAUGAAGACGACUCUGACGCCUCUUACGAUCCCGAAUACAAUUCCGAGGCCAACAAGAUAGGUUCUACGCUGUUAGAGCUUGCUAACAUAGAACCGGGCUCACUCGAACGCCUUUUCUCGGGCGACGCUUUGACUGCCGCAAAACAGAGGGUUAGUGCUCUGGGGCGUUUUGUCUUGGAGAUGGGUCAAGUUGAGGGUACGCCCAAGCCGCCCACACCCGAGUUCAACGAAAGGGCUCGUCGUCUAGGCGGUCACUUGUCGUGCUUCUUGUAUCAUAAAGCUCUGUUUAAUUUUGAUACUGGUCCUCCACUUGGCGCCGGCGACAAGCUCGACGCUGAGUCUGGAUUUGGCGAUGGUUGGAAGCCCAACCAGCCACCUGGCGGUGGCUCUCCAUACGGCGGGCCUUUCGACGGUCGUACAUUCAGUGAAGUUCAGGAAGCUUUUGCUGCUUCCCCACUCGCGCACAGCAAUCAUCGUGAGGCACGGGAAAAACAGGUUCAUGAGCUCUUGGCGAUCCCCUACGACCCAGCAGACAGGAGGAUCACGGCUUGCCAGACCUGGACGAUCCCACAAUUCAGGGAGGCUUUGCGAAUCGAGGGCAUUGAAGGGCGAGGGCUGAGCAACGAUAUUGGCAAGUACCGAGCCAAGUUCCUGAAACACUUCGAGCUCGAGAAGGACUACAGCAUCUACCACGAGAAAAGAUUACGGCAAGUUGUCAAGGAAAAUUGCCCAUUUGCGAAGCUCUCCUCCAAUAAAGCUAAAUUAGUCACUGAGCUUGAAGACUAUGAUCGAGCUUUCUACAAGAAUGAGUUCGUGACCGCUAACUCUGUGGAUGAGUCGGACGCGUACGAUCCGGAUGGGCCUGACUCGGAAGAGUACCAGAGCAGCGAGGCAUCAGGAACAGAGGCUAAGUAUGCCGAUGCUGACCGACUUGCUGAACAGCAGAAGCGGGAGGAGGAAAACGCAGCACAGCCUCGAGCUGCUGCACGAGCACAGAAAAGAGUUCGUGCUGAUGAAGGCGACGAGGAGUGGGUACCUGAAAAUCGACCCAGCGCCUACACGCGGAUGCGUACCAGAUAG